AUGUUCGGCUGGCUCAUCGCCGUUUGGGUCCUCGCAAGCGGUGAACUACUAUGCGGCGUGCUAGCGAUCCCGACGAGCGAAAAAGCUCCGAGACCAUCAGCCAACGAAGGAUCCACACGGAAUGUCAAUCGGGCCAUACUUGCGAGCGCACCCAAAUUAUCUGCAUCACGUAAGUACCAACUGUAGGAAGUACCGGUUCGAUUUUUCGUUUUAGCUCAGAGUCGUCCGGUGGGCGGUAUGGAGAGUUCGCAAGGCGUGCACCACCCCUGUUUAUGCCUCCAUCGAAACUGGAAGCUUGCUCUCACGAGCCCCGUGGAGGUCGAAUCUUGAAGACACUUUGCGCCUUCGUAUUACGUUUCACAGUCACAUCACUUUUCAGUGGCGGCUUCUAGAGAAAGCCUAUGUGUGAAUACAGCUAACGCCACAUCGUUCGUAUGCUCUUCAGUCCCCUCUCGGCUGUGGCAGUGCACCCCAGCCAACAUUACCUUCUCCAACUCUGGCAACGUGCGCCCUUUGACCGUCGCAAUAGUACCCCAAGCAAAGCUCCUCCCGGCACUUCGAAAAGCAGGGGCCAAGACGACGUUGAAAUCGAUCGAGGUACUAGCACCGGGAGUGGAGUUCCUGACCAAAAUCCGCAACAAGGACGGCUCGCCUUAUACGUUUACCCCCCAUCACCAGCGAGGCGACACCGUCGAGGUCCGUUCUGGGGAGUGUUGCACGAGCAGAGCAGAAUUCGCGAGACUUACUUUCUCUUGGAUGUCGUUCCCGGUCUGUCAGCUUUUCGCCUUCUUCCCUAAUGGUACCGGCUUCAAUAUGAACUUGGCGCGAACGAUCCAGACGGGAUCCAAAACCUGCCUUACUCCUGUGUGCAAUAGCACCCAGUACCUAGACAAAAAAUGUAAGAGACAAUUCCGAAAAUUCCCAGCUGUCCCGGUCAACGAAAUCUGAUCCGAUUUCCUUCUUAGCCAAUCAAUGUCGAGCCUGCAUUUCCAUCUUCCCCAACUCGACGGCUUGCACAGCCACAGAAGCCAAAUCCUGGCAAGUGCUACGCUCGCUGGGCGAGAUCAAUUUCAACCCUAAAUACUAACCCUUGCACAUGGGUAUCGCAGCUCGUACGGGAUCGUCACCGCUGGAAAAUGCGUUGCCAAAGUGUGUUCAGAAAAGCAGACCCUCAAUACUACGACGGGCCGAGAUUGUGUCUCGGUCUGCGCAAGCGGAUUCGUCCUCAACGGAAAGUGUCAAUCAUGCGCAGAGGGCAUGUAUCCAUCCCCUGAUAGUGCGUACACUCUUUGAAUUCUUUCUUUGCUGGGAACAACCAACUCACUCGCGGAACCCCUUACUCUUCAUCAUCAUCAUUACCCCCCUGCCGACGACUAUCAGGUGACCAAUGUGCUCACUGUCUGGACGGUUUUGCAAGUACGUGUGAUCCCUCGGGGUCGUUGACGUGCAAAAACGGUCAGCCUGUCCAAGAUGGGGGUUGGUGUCGUGACUUCGGGGACUGCAGUGGCUUUCCUCCCCGCUACCUCGCUCCGGGAAGCAGUGAGUAGGGUAGACUUGCUCGCCUUUUCUUGUCCCUAUACUAAACGACUGCGUUCAAAUCAGAUCCUAAGGAUACAGACUGUCUCGCCUGUCCCACGAAUUCAACCUCUUGUAAUAGUCAAGGUCAAGCAACGGGUUGUUCGUAUGGGAUGCUCGACAAUGGCCGCUGCAUCGUCAAAGUCAACUGCCCGAACUCGGCCAUCAACAAUGACGGUGAGCUGGAUUGCACGGGUGCCGCUAAACACCGUAUGAACCAAGACGAUUGAUAUUUUGCAUGCCUAUGGCGUUCUCAGGUACUGCCUGCUGUCAAGACGCCCUGGCACGAUCAUGUGACUCGUCUGGUUCUCUCACAUGUCGAUAUGGGGCCCCUGUGUCGGGCAUAUGUCCCACGCCUGUCGAAUGCGGCGCCUCGGCACCUAGCGGGUAUUCACUCCCCAAUAGUACGUGAAUGUGAACACUGGGCUCCUCAUUUCCACUGAAGAUGCUCAUGGCUCGUCUUCUGCCCUUGGCCGCUGGUCGUUUGGCAGAUGGGACAUGUUACCCUUGCCCUGUCAACGCGACAACAUGCGACAACAACGUUCGAGCGACAGCAUGCACGUACGGUGCAGUGGACGCAAACGGGUUUUGCACUCCUCCAUCAUGCAAUGGUACAGCACUCAACACCCAGGGUGAGUUCUGGCCCAAGAAGAGCCCACGCUCAAUGCGGAUUCCCGUCCUGACGGAGAUAUCCUUUUCACUUGUCAUGUUUGACUGCUACCGGCUUCGACUCGAAACAGGGACGGAUUGCUGUGUCGACCCCUUCGCAACUGCGUGUUACGGUACAAAAUUAUCGAUUUCAUGUGUUCAAGGGUAUGAGCCCGGUGGAAUCAUGAAUGGGACCGUUCUCUGCCAAGGACCAUUUUCAUCUUACUAUGGUAGUAAGUCGAAGCUGAGCUCGGCUCUGAGGCUGAAACCCAAAUAUCCUCCCGCUGACGUUCAAUCAUCCACCUUCCUCAUUAGGUGGGCAAGGAAGAUACACCCUAGGAGGUUCGGACCCUUCCUUCCCGCUCUACAACGCCCAAACGCUCCGAGACUGCGCCAUCGCAGCUUAUCAUCAAAAACCGGGCGAUUCGGUUUUUCUGUGGCAACCGACGCACAAGUACUGUUUCUGGACCUACAAAGCGGGGCUCAACCUCGUACCAAUUCAAAAUACGGACACCAUCCAUGUUGACGGUUUCGAUUUCGGUACGUUCGGAACUUGCGCCGAUACUACGCGCUCGUGGUUUGUAGGGUCACAGCAUGCUGGAGUGGAUGGUUGCCAGGAUGUUUUGAUGCAUUGGUAG